AUGUGGGCUCGCCCGAGCCAUGCCGUGCGGCUCCAAUCUCAAGAAGUGGCGACACUUCUCCAAGGCGCGCAAAGGGUCCGAUGGUUUGCGAAACGGCGCCGUCGCUUGGACCAGUACGAGAAUUUCGAGAAGCCGAUGAGUGCGAAAGCCUGGACGCGGAUGACGAAGGAGGGCGGCUUCUUCGAGCACAGUUUUCAAGACAUGACUCCUGGGGAGGUCUCGGACACGGUGUUCUCUGCAUCUAAGAUGGGUGUCGAAGCCACUGCGUUCUGGACCAGAGCCUCACUUUCAACGGGAGAUUUGGCGAGCGCGAUGACGGCACGGCAGCUGGCCACAGCAUGCUAUGCAUUCGGAGCCGUAAAGUGGCAUGACGAGGAUAUGGUGCGCAGCAUCGCGCCCUCGGUCAUCAAGCAAGCUCCGAGCAUGAAACCCGCCCUCCUGGCGGCAGUGGUACAAUCGUUCGCUCGGAUGAAGGUCCGCAACAUGCCGGCCCUCCGUGCCAUAUCGCAAGCGGUUCAAGCCUCCACCCGUUUCAACGACAAGGGCCUGUCCAUGGUGGCGAAGAGCUUCGCAGAGCUGGAAUUCCGAUGCCCGGACUUCCUGCAAGCCUUGGAUGCUUGGGCGGCGGCAGGAGUGGACUCGAGCACCUUGGAGGCCUGCUUGGACCUCCUGCAGAGCCUCGCAGCCUUCUCGGCCUUAGAGGGGCCCUUAAACUGGCCCUCUCCCAAGCCUUUCGGUCAACCGGUGCCGGCGCUGGCGCCCGUGGCCGUCCGUGAGAUCGUGGAAAUGCUGGGCCGGAGGGUGAAGGAGCUGGAGCCACCACAGCUGCACACUGCCAUCCUGGCGAUGGGAAAGCUGCGGGUGCAGGACCUGGUGGUUUUAGAGGCCUUCCAGAAAGAGAUUCUGGCGGACCUGAGCCGCAUGCACACGAACUCCCUGCCUCCCGUCCUUGAGUCCUUCGCCCUCUGCUACGAGCAGCUCCGGUCAAGCGGCCAAGACUCAGAAGAGAGCUCUGUGCAGGAGGAGCGCGAGCUGUUUCUGGUGCAGCUCACCAGCCGUAUGGCCAGGGAGCUCCGUCUUCUUCGGCCCCAGGAUGCCAGCCGAGUGCUUUCUGCCAUCGGACGCCUGGGACUCGUCGAUCCGAAGCUGCUCACGACGGCCGCCGCCCUGGUGCCUCCCCGCCUUGCCGCCUACUCCGCGCCGGAAGUCCUGGCGCUGCUGGAGGCCUACGCAGCGGCCGGGAACUCCGACACCUUCAUGCUCCCCUGCCUUCGCCGGGCGCUGGUGCCCUUGCCAAGCGCCUUGGAGGAUCGGCUUCAGGAGCUGGACGAUGCACAAAUCGUGCAAGCGGCCAGCGCCUUCGCGUCGCUUGGUCACGCGCCGGGCCUCGUCGCACUGCUCGCCGUCCUCCGGGAGCCGUUUCAGCGGCGCAACGCAAGCGCAGGACAAGGGGCUCGACGACGCCAGGCUUCUACCACAGCAGACUCCACAAUUGAACAGGCAUCACGGCAUUUGGCACCAGCUUGUCAGCUGGCCUUGGCAACAUUGGUAGCCAUGCACCUCCCGGAUUCUCCGACCUGGGCCGCCGCAGCUUCUGCAGUCAUGCAAGGAGCUGCCAAAGAGGCCUCGAAGCAUCAAGACGGUGCUUCUCUCCUGGAGAACCUGAAGCAGUUGCUUGAAAGUGGAGAGGAUCCUUGGAGGUCUGCAGCGAAGCCUUCCCUCUACUCUGCAGAUGAGCUUGUCCUAGCCUGCCUGGGCUUCCCGAGGCACUCAGGUCGGGUAUUCUGGUAUGAGGAGGUCUCUAGAAAGACGGCGGAGGUGAGCCUCUCACUUCUCCCCGGCUUCCUGCGCCAUGCGGCCGAGGCCGAGUUGGGAGAGACCCGGAGCGCGCCGCUCCCGUCCCUCCAGAGCCUUCGGCCUAGAAGAGACCUGGAGGAGAGCUCGGAGCUCUCGAAAGCCAAGGGCCGAGCCCAAGAGGUGCUCUUGGAGCGAUUGAUGCAGCAGAAGGGCCAGGAAGAGCUCCAGGAGCUGCCUCCCAUGGUCAUCGUGGCCCUCUUCCGAUCUUUGGAGCUCAUGAGCUCUGGGCCCGUCAGCCUUCCGCCGGAGGCGCCGGAGCUCUUGAAGGUUCUCCAGCAAGCGACCGUUCCGCUGCUGCAGCGCCUGGCUAUGCUGGCGCAAGAGCAGCAGCUCAGUGCCAAGGCAUUGGUGGCCGUUUGGAGACCUGUAACCUUCCUCAGAAAUAUCGAGCUCUCGCCAGAAGUAUCGGCAGCACUGCUGAUUUUGGGCCCGCUUGCGGCCACCAUCUGGACACCCUGGCGCCAGGGGUGCGGUAUCGGGGGCGCCUGCUCUGUCGGCGUGCAGCUCUCCAUGGCAACGGCGGUGCCGUUCAGCAUCGUGAACCACCUGGGUCACGCUGUGGCGCGGCGGUGGAUCCCACUGCUGCAGAAACUGGAUAGAACCACCAUCUCUCUGGGCUGUGUGAUCGGUGCUUGGGCACUCUCCCAAGACCUUUUCUUCACAGUGGGGUCAGCUUUACUGGCUUCUACGGUCAUCAUUAUGAUGUGGUUUGGUAGCCCCCGCUGCCGGGAAAGCGAAGUCUUGGCUUCGGGCCUCGUAGCUGUGUGCAUCCUCUAUGGGCUCCUGCCCAUGCUGUUCUACCGAGAAUCUCUGGACCACUGCGUCUGGCCGGCUGGCGGUGCUAUCCUAGCCGGCUUCGCGCUUUUUCAGUUCGAUCCCCUAGGUGUUUGGACAGAUUCCGUCUGGCACCUCGUUCUCAUCCCAUAUGCCCACUUCUGCUCGCUCUCUGCCGUGCGAAUGGACCAGCGGCCUUUUUUCACCAUGCGGCAAAAGGCGUUGGGGCAGAGCCCUCCACCCCCACUCGUGGCGAGCCUGGCGAAGGCCUUGGAGACCCUGGCGCCUCUGGAGUUGUGCGCGGCUCUUCGGCCGCUUACCGCCCAGAGCGUGAAAGCAUCAGGAGAACGGGCAACCUACACCGCAGCGGCCACCCGGGCCAUGGCCCUGCUAAAAAGCUCGCGGCAGGCAUGGGAAUUAGAAGGCUUGUGCAAGAACCUUCGGCUAGACAUCGGUGAGGUGAACCCAGACGACGAUCUCUUCACGGAGGAGUCUGGGCAUCCGAGCAUCGGAGUCUUCGCACAGCAGCGGCUGUUCUCCGCGCCCUUCCGUGGGCCAGUGCAGGGUCACAUUGAGGAGCGCCUGGCCUCUGAGCUGAGGCCGUUGCAUCUUGAGGUGGUGAACGAAUCGCAUGGAAAGAAGAGUGAUGAGUCUCACUUCCACGUGCUGAUCGUCUCGGAGGCAUUCGAGGGCUUAAAGCCCCUGGCGAGACAUCGUUUGGUGAAUGGCCUUUUCACGCGUGAGGACGGUUCCCUGAAGUUUCACUCUCUGCGGAUCACAGCCAAGACGCCGGCCAUGUGGGAGGAGGAUCAGUCGUCACUGUCAAGGCCGAAGUGCACCGGCAAGGGCGAUGGGAGGACGGCCACGGACCCGAGCAGCCUCUGA